AUGGCAAGGAAAAGAUCAGUCAACCUCUGCAAAACUCUGAUAUCAGCUGCAAUCCUCAAUUAUCCGCCUCCAACGUUAAUUGGAUUUGAACUGGAGGAAAAGGAGGGAAAUGACAAUUCAUCUUCACAACACGUACAAGACACCUUGAAUUUUCUUAAUGGAAAGGAAGUGCAUGAUGAUGAUAUAGUAUUGAUAUUAGAUGAGGAUACCUGGCUCCAACUCCCAGUCGAGAUAAUCAUCAGCAGAUUCCUACGCAAUACACGGGAUUCUAACGCCUCACUUCUCAAAAAGUAUGGACGAGUUGAUAUAAAUAAUAGCAUGGUCGAUAGAGCUAGCUCAAAACAGCCCCGUCCUCAAAAAUACACACAAAAAGUCCUCUUCGCAGCUCAAAAGGAAUGCAGCAUUAGAGACGGUCCAGCCGAACUAGCUUGCUACGCAAAUAAUAUACCGCAAUCAACGUUACCGAAAAACAAUUAUGAAAGCAAAACAGAUAGGUACGAAGGGGGCAUAUACUGUCGCCCGAGAUUUAUAGAGGGAGCGUUAGCGGUAGGGAAGGCGGAAGAUGUACGGAGAGUUUGGAAGAAAGCCGAGGAAUUGACCCGGCUACAAUACAAGAGUAAAGAGGACACAUCGGUUCAAAAAGUCUUUGCGCAAAUCUUUGGAGAACAGGAAUGGAAUCGAAGUCAGAGCAGGAAAGCAUCAUCUUCAAAAUUUCGCAUCUGGCUCGAGGCUAAAUUUGGAUACGGUGUUGGUGUUGAUGCUCCUGCAGCGAAUAAUAUAAUGUUUAAACCAGAAGGUCCAAGCGAAAACUAUGAAUUUGGUAUUGGGCUCGAUUAUGCAUCUGGGGUUUUCCAAACAAUGCAGAAAUCAAGUGAUGAUUUGAAGUUUGUUCGGUAUGGGGACAAGCAGGAAAAGGGGAUUGUGAGAAUGAGGGGGUUAAUCCAGGGUCAAAUCGAAAACUCUGGGAUAUUACCCGCAGAGUUGAAGGUCAUUGAAGGACCGCUUGAGCUGUGUGGAGAUGGAGAUGUGCAUAAAGAAGGAGAGAUGACCGAUAUUGGGAUAGAAAAUGCCCUGAUGGAUGCAAAAAAGCAAAACAUAACUUGGAUAGAUGUGGAAUUGGGCACAAAUAUAAAAGUUCCAGGGACCUCAGUACCCGCGUCCCUAAAUUUUAAUUUCCAUGGCAAAGAUAUACGCGAAGGCGAAAAAUAA